AUGUCUACUUUUAUGUACAUCCUGCUCUUUCUCUGUUCUCUCUUUUCAUAUUUUUAUUCAAAGAAACAGAAGAGAAAACCAAAACAAAAGGCUAAACUUCCCCCGGGAACAAUGGGAUGGCCUUACAUAGGAGAGACUCUCCAACUCUACUCCCAAGACCCAGAUGACUUCUUUACUAAGAAGCAGAGAAGAUACGGGAACAUAUUCAAAAUACGCUUUCAUGGCUGCCCUUGCAUCAUGCUAGCUUCCCCUGACGCUGCACGGUUUGUGCUGGUGACUCAUGCCCACUUGUUCAAGCCUACAUACCCCAAAAGUAAAGAGAUGAUGAUUGGCUCUUCUGCACUAUUUUUUCACCAAGGUGACUACCAUAUUCGCCUGAGAAAGCUGGUUCAGAGUUCAUUGUCUCCAGAAGCAAUCAGAAAAUUUACUUGUGAUAUUGGAGCCAUUGCCAUCUCUGCGUUGGAGUCAUGGGCCAGUGGAGAAGUUAUCAAGACCUUCCAUGCAAUGAAGAAGUACUCUUUCGAAGUUGGCAUUCUCUCUGUGCUUGGUCACCUGGACAGAAAAUAUAGGGAAGAGCUAAUAGAGAACUACUGCAUAAUGGACAAGGGUUACAAUUCUUUCCAACCAAAUUUACCAGGAACCGCAUAUAAUAAAGCAAUCCUGGCACGAAAAAGGCUAGGUCAAUUGCUGAGUGAGAUAAUUUCAGAGAGGAAGGAGAAAAGGCUGCUGGAGAAGGACCUAUUGGGUCAUUUCCUGAACUUCAGAGAUGAAAAGGAGCAGAAAUUGACUGAGGUGCAAAUUGCCGAUAACAUCAUUGGGGUGCUAUUCGCUGCACAAGAUACAACAGCUAGUGCCCUGACAUUCAUUGUCAAAUACCUCCACGAUGACCAAAAACUUCUAGAGGCUGUUAAGGCAGAGCAGAAGGCGAUACAUGAAUUGAACGAUGCAGGAAACAGACCUUUGACAUGGGCUCAGACUAGAAAUAUGCCAUUCACGUAUAGGGUUAUACUGGAGACCUUAAGGACGGCAAGUAUAAUUUCUUUCGCCUUUCGGGAAGCAGUGGUUAAUGUAGAAUAUGGAGGAUGCCUAAUUCCAAAAGGUUGGAAGGUGAUGCCAUUGUUCAGGAAUAUCCACCACAACCCUGAAUUCUUUUCUGAACCCCAAAACUUUGAUCCAUCAAGAUUUGAGGUUGCUCCCAAACCAAAUACUUUUAUGCCAUUUGGCAAUGGGGUACAUGCUUGUCCAGGGAAUGAGCUUGCCAAACUGCAGAUUCUUAUUUUGGUCCAUCACCUGGUUACCAAGUUCAGGUGGGAAGUGGUGGCUUCCCGAGGUGGAAUUGAGUAUAGCCCUUUCCCAAUCCCUCACCAAGGGCUACCGGCCAUGUUUUGGAAAGAUUUUAGCACCAAAUAAGUGGGUUUCUAGCAGAAGAUGAUACCCUGUUCGGCUCAAAUUUACUUUCACUUAGCAUGAUACAAAAUCAGUAGCAGAACAACAGUUUGUCUUGGAGCAGCAUUUCAUGCCUAUUAAUCAUAUAUUCCUGUCCAAGACUUAAUGAGUGAGUUGCAUUUCCAUAUAAGAUUCAAGAUAAUCAUAUAUUCCUGUCUAAGACUUAAUGAGUGAGAGUUGCAUUACCAUAUAGGAUUCAAGAUUUUCAACUCCCUCAUCCCUCCUGCAUUUUUAUGGGUCUGUCAUUUGUCUCCAUCUCAUUUCCUACCUAUAUUAAUAUUAAUUGCAUAAGUUGUACUUCAUGAUUAUGACUAUAACUGUGUAAUAAAAGAGGAGUACUAUGUCUUAU